UAUUCAUGGAGAAAAUCUGCUUCUUCAUUGCUGUUGCAUUGUUAUCAGUGAACUGCUUUGCACUUUCCUCAAACACAGAUGAAGCAGCACUUCUUAGCUUCAAAGCCGGAAUAAUUUCAGACCCUUAUGAUAUCUUGGUUGAUAAUUGGAUGGCUAAUACGUCUAUUUGCAACUGGAUUGGUGUUUCUUGCAGCAGAAAUCGGCAAAGAGUCAUAUCAUUGAAUUUUUCGGGGUUCGAUUUCGGAGGCACCAUCUCUCCACAUCUUGGAAAUCUAACGUUUCUCCAUUCGCUAGACAUCAGCUCCAACAAUUUCUCUGGGAUAAUACCUCCCGAGCUCUCUAAUUUGCGUCACUUAGAGUUGAUAAAUGUGGGAUUUAACAGUGUCAGUGGAGAGGUGCCAUCAUGGUUUGGAACAUUACCAGAACUUGAGCAUAUUUUUCUCAAUAACAAUAAUUUCUCCGGAAGUAUUCCGUCGUCAUUAUGCAACAAUUCAAAGCUGCAAACAUUGCAAAUGAGUAACAAUUUUAUAGUUGGGAAUAUUCCGCUGGAGAUUGGCAAUACUUCUGCGCUGAAGAUUUUGAAUUUAAGGUUUAACCUGCUUACAGGGUCCAUAACUCCUGGUAUCUUUAAUAUAUCUUCUUUGAACGUGCUUGACCUCUCAGUUAAUAGUCUGUCAGGAAGGCUUCCGGAAAAUACAUGUGAUAGUAUCCCAAAAUUGACAUUACUCGAUCUAUCACAUAAUCUACUCUCUGAGAAAAUUCCAUCAAAUAUAUACAAGUGCAGGUACCUCCAAGUCCUAUCAUUAUCCUACAAUCAUUUCAAUGGAAGCAUACCAAGUGCAAUUGGCGGUUUGACCAAUCUCAGAAGCUUAUUUCUGGGGAUAAACGACUGGGAAGGAGGAAUUCCAUUGGCAUUAGGUAAUCUUUCACGUCUGCAAAUAUUGAGCAUACAAGGUGGCUCUCUAACAGGGCCAAUUCCGUCUCUCAACAUAUCUUCUCUGAAAGUGAUUGACCUUGCUAACAAUAGCCUGUCUGGAAGCCUCCCGUUUGAUAUUCUUCAUAAUCUUCCUAAGCUUGAAGAGCUGUAUCUUCAAUCCAAUCAGCUGAGUGGUCCAACUCUUUCAACCGUUUUGAAUUGUGAAAGGCUUUCGAUCAUAUCACUAUCAGAUAACAAACUUACAGGUGGUCUACCUGCGAAAGUUGGAAACGUCACUGGACUCAAGUAUCUAAAUCUAGAUAAUAAUGAAUUGACAGGAGAAUUACCAGAUGAGCUUGGCAAUCUUGACCUUGAGGAAGUUCUUGUCCAGAACAAUGGGUUUUUUGGCACCAUCCCUUUAUCCAUGUUCAAUAUAUCUACGAUGAAGAAGAUGGGACUCUCAGCCAAUCAGUUUUCUGGCCAUCUUCCUUCAACCAUUGGGCUUUCACUUCCAAAUCUUGAAAAGCUUGGUCUAGGUGACAACAGACUAACUGGAGUAAUUCCGACUUCUAUCACCAAUGCUUCUAAGCUUACAAUCUUAUACAUGGGAAGUAACUCUUUGAUUGGCUCUAUACCCAACUUCGGUAAUUUAAGACUUCUAGAGCGCCUUAUAAUUGGAGAAAACAAUUUGACUGGGGAAUCUUCAACUCCGGAAUUGAGAUUUUUCACUUCAUUAACAAAUUGCAGACAUUUGGAUUAUAUUGAAGUAUCUUUGAAUCAACUAAAUGGUAUUCUCCCAGCAUCUAUCGGGAAUCUCUCCGCUUCUCUUCAGGUAUUCAAAGCAUUUGGAUGCAACAUUAAGGGUGCUAUUCCGGCUGAGAUUGGAAACUUGAGCAGCUUGGUAGCUUUAUAUUUAGACAACAAUCAGUUGACGGGAUUCAUCCCAAGUUCCCUGGGAAAUUUAAGACGUGUUGAACGUAUAUAUCUUGAGCACAAUAAACUUGAUGGAUAUAUCCCCGCCGACCUUUGCCAUUUAAGCAAUUUGGGUGACUUGUACCUAAGUAACAAUACACUCUAUGGAUCAAUUCCCACAUGCUUGGGUAAACUUAAAUCUUUUAGAAGACUCUACUUAGACUCCAACAAAUUGGAGUCUACAGUGCCUUUAAGCUUGUGGAACCUUAAUGAUCUCCUGGAAUUGAACUUCUCCUCGAACAGUUUAACGGGCUUCUUACCUUCGGAGAUUCAAAAUUUGAAGGUCAUCAACAAACUAGAUUUAUCAUGGAAUCGGUUAUCAGGUGAUAUCCCAAGCACUAUUGGUAGCCUGCAAUCGCUAGUUUCUCUAUCUUUUGCUCACAAUAAAUUCCAAGGAUCUAUUCCUCAGUCUUUGGGAAACAUGAGAAGCUUGGAAUACUUGGAUCUUUCUUACAAUAAUUUUUCUGGAACCAUUCCAAACUCAUUAGAGGCACUCAACUUUCUACAAUAUAUUGAUGUGUCUCAUAACAGUCUAGAGGGAGAGAUUCCCUCGGGGGGACGUUUUCCCAACUUCAGCGCUCAAUCAUUUAUGACAAAUCUUGCUCUCUGCAGUGAAACUCGACAACAAUUUCCACCUUGUGGAAAUACUCUUAAAAGAUCCAGAUCAAAGAAAGAAAUCUUGCUAACGAAAUAUAUUCUUCCCCCUCUCGUACUAGUAAUCCUUGCAGUCAUCGUGACAAUUUUGAUGAUAAGAAGACGAAAAUUGAACGCUCCACCUGAUAGCGUAUUUUCAUUACGUCUUGCAUGGAGAAGGAUUUCUUACCGAGAACUUAAAGAAGCAACAAAUACAUUUAGUGAAAGCAACAUACUUGGAAGAGGAAGUUUUGGUACAGUAUAUGGAGGGAUACUUUCUGAUGGGUUAAAUUUUGCGGUGAAAGUGUUCAAUUUGCAGCUGGAAGAAGCAAGAUUAAUGAGGAGCUUUACUACAGAAAGUCAAGUACUCAGUAGCAUUCGUCAUAGGAAUUUACUGAGAGUCAUCGGAUGUUGCAGUAAUACAGAGUUCAAAGCCUUGAUCAUGCCUAAUGGGAGUCUAGAUAAAUGGUUAUAUUCCUCCAACUAUUUCUUGGACAUUCUGAAGAGUUUAAAUAUAGCGAUUGAUGUUGCAUUAGCUUUAGAAUAUCUUCAUCAUUUUCAUACAUUCACCAUUGUACAUUGUGAUUUAAAACCUAGCAAUGUUUUGCUCGACGAAGACAUGGUUGCCCACGUCGGUGAUUUUGGAAUAGCCAAGCUCUUCGGUGGAGCGGAGUCAAUGGCUCAAACAAAGACCUUAGCAACAAUUGGAUACAUGUCACCAGAAUAUGGAACUGAAGGAAUAGUAUCCACUAGUAGCGAUGUCUACAGUUAUGGUGUUUUGCUGCUGGAGAUGUAUACAAGGAAGAAGCCAACAGAUGUGAUGUUUAGCGAAGAAAUGAGCUUGAAAAGUUGGGUUAGCCACUCUUUAGCGGAGAAUGCAAUAACUGAAGUUGUGGAUACCAAUUUGAUUGGAAGAGAAGACGAGAAUUUCUCUAGAAAGGAGCAAUGCGUCUCAUCCAUUUUGGCUUUGGCGAUCGAGUGUUUGAAUGAUACUCCUAGAGAAAGAAUAAAUAUGAGGGAAGCUGUGACUAGGCUUCAAAAGAUUAAAGCUAUGUUUCUAGCAAGAUAGAAUAGUUUUGACCCUAAAUAUAGGUUCCCAAUUCUCAGUAAAAAAUUUGGACGUUCCGAACUGCAACUGUUUGAUCAAUUUAUGAAUCAGCAAUAGUAAAU